AUGAAAAACCACACAGUACCCACAGAAUUCAUUCUUCUGGGGCUAUCAGAUGACCCAGAGCUUCAGAUUCUGAUUUUUCUCUUUUUAAUUAUCACAUAUAUAUUAAGUGUCACUGGUAAUUUGACCAUCAUCACUCUCACCUUGGUUGACUCCCGUCUACAGACCCCUAUGUAUUUCUUCCUCAGGAACUUCUCUGUAUUAGAAAUAUCCUUUACAACUGUCUGUAUUCCUAGAUUUCUGGUCACAAUUAUCACCAGAGACAAAACGAUUUCAUACAGUAAUUGUACAGCUCAGUUGUUUUUCUUCAUCUUCAUGGGAAUAACUGAGUUUUAUCUUCUAACUGCCAUGUCUUAUGACCGCUACGUGGCCAUCUGUAAACCCUUGCAUUAUACAACCAUCAUGAACAGAAGAGUCUGCAUUUUACUUGUCUUUUGUGCUUGGCUGGCAGGAUUCUUAAAUAUCUUCCCACCAGUUAUUCUUUUUCUCCAGUUAGAUUACUGUGGCUCCAAUGUCAUUGAUCAUUUUACUUGUGACUAUUUUCCCCUCUUGCAAUUAUCGUGCUCAGACACGUGGCUCCUGGAAGUGAUUGGUUUUUACUCUGCAAUAGUGAUUCUGCUUUUCACUUUGGCAUUAAUAAUUCUGUCCUACAUGUUCAUCAUUAGAACAAUUCUGAAACUGCCCCCUGCCAGUCAGAGAAAAAAAGCAUUUUCUACAUGUUCCUCGCACAUGAUUGUCAUUUCCAUCUCUUAUGGAAGCUGCAUAUUCAUGUAUGUCAACCCCUCUGCAAAAGAAAAGGCAUCACUGACCAAAGGAGUGGCUAUUUUAAAUACUUCUGUUGCUCCUAUGAUGAAUCCAUUUAUAUAUACCCUGAGGAACCAGCAAGUAAAGCAAGCCUUUAAGGAUACUAUCCAAAAGGUUAUAUUUUUCUCCAGUAAAUGA